GGUGUUGAUUCGUAAAAGUACAGGAACUAUAAUAUAGAGCAACCGCAUAUGAUUUAAGCUUUGGAGUCUUUCCUAUAUUCUUUUAUUUCUUUGUUCGUCCAGCUUCGCGUGACUUUUAUCUCCCUCAAUUCUUCAGUGGUUAAGGUUUUUGUGUUUGGCGGUUGAUUGAUUGUUGUUGUGAUUGAAGAAGAUGUGGGCUGCUUCAUGCCUUGCAUCGUGUUGUGCGGCUUGCGCCUGCGAUGCGUGUCGCACGGUGGUUUCGGGGAUUAGCCGGAGAUCUGCGAGGAUCGCCUACUGUGGACUCUUUGCCCUUUCUCUGAUUGUUUCAUGGAUCCUUCGUGAGGUUGCCGCCCCUCUCAUGGAGAAGCUCCCUUGGAUCAAUCAUUUUCAUAAAACACCUAACAGGGAAUGGUUCGAAACAGAUGCAGUGCUGAGGGUUAGCUUGGGAAAUUUUUUGUUUUUCACUAUCCUAUCAGUUCUAAUGAUUGGUGUGAAAAAUCAGAGGGAUCCUCGUGAUGGUUUGCACCAUGGUGGAUGGAUGAUGAAAAUUAUCUGCUGGUUCAUUUUAGUGAUUCUAAUGUUUUUUGUUCCAAAUGAGAUUAUCAGCCUCUAUGAGUCAAUAUCAAAGUUUGGCUCAGGACUGUUUCUUUUGGUUCAAGUUGUGCUUUUACUUGAUUUUGUUCAUGGAUGGAAUGACAAAUGGGUUGGAUAUGAUGAGCAGUUCUGGUACGUUGCUCUGUUUGUUGUUUCACUUGUUUGUUAUUUGGCGACAUUUAGCUUCUCGGGACUUCUCUUCCACUGGUUCACACCAUCUGGACAGGAUUGUGGACUCAAUACCUUCUUUAUCGUGAUGACCUUGAUUCUUGUUAUUUUGUUUGCCAUAGUCGCACUGCAUCCUGCAGUUGGUGGUAGCAUUUUGCCAGCUUCAGUUAUAUCACUAUACUGCAUGUACCUCUGCUACAGUGGACUUGCCAGUGAGCCAAGAGAUUACGAAUGCAAUGGUCUUCACAAUCAUUCCAAAGCAAUUUCUACUGGCACUCUGACCUUUGGUCUGCUUACAACUGUUCUAUCAGUUGUCUAUUCUGCUGUUCGUGCAGGGUCUUCUACAACUAUGCUCUCCCCACCAAGUUCACCUCGUGCAGGAACCGGAAAGCCUUUGCUUCCAUUGGACAAGGCAGAUGAGCAGGAAGAGAAGGAGAAGAAUAAGCCAGUCACAUAUUCAUAUGCCUUCUUCCACAUCAUCUUCUCUCUUGCAAGUAUGUACUCAGCCAUGCUUUUGACGGGUUGGUCGACCUCAGUUGGGGAGAGCGGGAAGCUAGUAGAUGUGGGGUGGCCAUCUGUGUGGGUUCGGAUUGUAACUGCAUGGGCAACUGCAGGUCUUUAUAUCUGGUCUCUGCUUGCUCCUAUUCUGUUCCCUGAUAGGGAAUUCUAAGUCUCCAAACGAGAAGAAGUUGGAUAUUAUUGCAAUAAUUUUACUAUGUUUAUGUGUGUGAUCAGAGAUGGAUUUACAUUCUAAGCCUCUAAAGAGAAGUUUGAUGUUAUUGUAGCAAAUUUACUCUGUAUACGUGUGUUGAUCAGUGAUGGAUUUGUACCCUGCUGAAAUGCUAAGAACCUUCCUGAUAUAUUAUCACCAUGCAAUUAUCACAAAUUUGACAAAAAAAAAAAGUUUUGUUCUUGCUCCCACUG